AUGUUACGUUGUAUGAAUCCGAUCAUUUCAUUGGCUGUGGAGGCGGAACAUCCGGCAGCACAAUUUGUACACGGAGUGGAAGACCUCAGCUCCCUAAAAUCGAAAGAAAGCCCGAAGAACGUGGAGUUACGUCUUAUAAAAUAAUUGUGAUGAUUCUCACAAAUGGAAGACAUCAACCUACAUUAUCGCUUUUUGAACUGGAGAAGGCGAAUACGAGAAAUUCGUGACGGGCGAGCAGUGCGAUACCGGGAGCGCCUGAAAAGGAUGCUGAGGGAUGGGGACGUGCUCAGGUACCACGGGAACUCGGAUGAAGUUGGCUGUUUUGUCGCGGCCAGGCCUUUGUCGAAGAGAAAUCGCUAUUUUGAAGUGACCAUCAUUGAUACAGGGGUGCGGGGAAUGAUCGCUGUCGGUUUAGUCCCUCAGCUCUACAAGUUGGACCAGCAGCCGGGCUGGCUCCCGAAUUCUGUGGCUUUGCAUGCAGAUGAUGGCAAGCUCUACAACGGCAACACUCAAGGACAACAAUUUGGUCCAAAAUGCAGCAGAGGUGACCGAAUUGGCUGUGGAAUAUCAUUGGACUCCGAUGAUGGACAGUUGACGGUGUUUUUUACCAAGAAUGGUAAAGAAGUCGGCACAGUAGACAUGGCAGCAUCUGAAGCUCUCUACCCUGCGGUGGGAAUGCACUCUCUGGGGGAGGAAGUGCUACUGGACCUUAAUGCUGAAUGGGCAAUGGAGGAAGAGGAUGGACUGAUGAUAGUAGACAGCCAUGAAGACGACUGGGGCCGCCUCCAUGACAUUAGAGUGUCUGACACCCUGCUGGAGUACGUGGGGAAAGGAAAGUGCAUUGUGGACGUGGGCUUGGCUCAGGCCCUUCGCCCGCUCAACACACGCUUCCACUACUACGAGCUGGAGAUCACAGACGCCGGCGAAAAGUGUUACAUCGCCCUGGGCCUGGCGGUCAAGGAUUAUCCUAAAAACAGCCAUCCAGGUUGGAGCAGAGGGUCCAUCGCUUAUCACGCUGAUGACGGCAAAUUGUUCCAGGGCAGCGGUGUCGGGGACGCCUUCGGACCACGCUGCUUCGCAGGAGACGUCAUGGGCUGCGGGAUCAUGUUUCCACGUGACUAUAGCCACGGCGGCGGAGAUGACGACUGGGACCUGGAGGUGUUUCCGCAGCCCAGCGAAGUCCAGAACGACUUGUAUGCAGGCGACGAUGACGGCGAGGGCGAAGACUUGGACGGAGAGACGGUCACGGUGUUCUUCACCCGGAACGGGAAGGUGGUGGGCCGCAGGAAGGUGGCCUUACCCGCAGGAGGCUUCUACCCCACCAUCGGCAUGAUGAGCACUGGGGAGAAAGUCCGAGUGGAGCUGCACCCUCUGAGUGGAUGAAGACGGGACUCAACUUUACCUCAUCAUGAACAAGCUGCUGCAAGUUUGUAUGUUUUACACUAAAAGGACGCCAAUUAUGUUGUGCCGUCACGUGCCGUCCUUUUUGAAGCUGAGCAGAAGUCCGCCUGUUAAUUUUGUGUGGGAUUGUGUACAUCAGGGGCCCCCAAACUUUUUGACUCCGGGGCCGCAUUUGGGUUAAACAAUUUGGCUGGGGGCCGCGCUAUAUAUAUACAUAUAUAUAUAUAUAUCAUAUGUAAAUGUGUAUAUAUGUGUGUGUAUAUGUAUAUGUCCAUGUAUAUAUGUAUGUGUAUAUAUGUAUAUGUGUCUAUAUAUGUGUGCAUAUAUAUAUACAUAUAUGUAUGUAUUCAUACAUAUAUAUUCCUCAUAUAUAUGUAUGAAUACAUACAUAUACAUAUAUAUUCCACAUACAUAUAUAUAUGUAUACUUAUAUAUUCCUCACGCACUAAUUGACUUAAAGAGCGCACUUGCUGCAUGUCACGUUAUCGAUGGUAAAAUGACUUUUUAGACAAUAUGAUUUGCCUGAGUGGCUAGGAGAUGGUAGAAAAGGGACUAAUAAGGACAAAUUACAAGAAAAAAAAAUUACAACAAAAAAAAAUCCUUUUUUUUUUUUUUUUUUUUUUUUAACUUUGGACUUCCCGCGGGCCGGAUUUUGGACGCUGGGGGCUGUAUCCGGCCCGCGGGCAGUAGUUUGGGGACCCCUGUUGUACAUUGUGCACAUGAGUGCUGAAUUACUGACACCUAGUGGUCAGAGUGCAGUAGUGCAGUCAUUGUGGCGUUUAGAGCCAUCAUUGUUGGUUUUGGAAAAUAAGAAUUUGGGUGAAUUUUGAAGGCAUAGUCAAGAAUAUAAAAACAUUUUGAAUUUUAGUCUUUAUGGGAAAAUACACCGGGUGUUCUAGAACAAAAAGGGAAUAAAUCAUUUUAAUAGGAAUUUGUGACCAAAAAAAACCAACAAAGCCAUACAAACAUUUUCUGCUCUCAGGUAUAUUUAAUAUAUUAGAGAUGACUUAUUCAUUUAAGUCACUUUGCUUAUUUUGUUUCUUGGCUUUGGUGCGGAAUCGAUAGUUUAAUAUAUUAAUUCGUUUUUGGUCCUCAUCCAAUUUGAAGUCUCGGCAACAAUUCCUCACAGAAAGGCGGUGGUGGGUUCAAAACGCCACACUUUUAGUUGUCGUCUCCUACGGUUUGAAAAGAUGCACGCCAGCUUCACCGAACUGACUGCUUGUCUAGCACUAUGCUGGGAUAGGCUCCAGCUACAAACUGCUGGUGCGCAGCUUGUUUUGAUUAGCUUUCUGCAAAUUAGAAAAGCAUGCAAUGAAGAAUGAAUGCAAUAUAUGAGUAUAAAGUGUGGACUGCUUGAAUGUAUGCAUCAUCAUAGGAGUGCAAGCUUCUUUGUCUGGAAACAGCUUGUACAUUUUCCCCCAGCAGCUCACCUUAGUUGUGCUUAAGCUGUACGCUGCCGAUCUUUGACCCCAAUGACCAAAGUGCCUUCAUGUUUACUGUAAUGUGUUCAUCACACUGCUGUAUAUAGAAGUGUCUAUUCUGCACAUUUUCAAUUCAUGUGUGACGGCUUUAAAGUCCUCCUCAGGCAUCUUGUCUAUUUUGUCUGCUGCUUACAUGCCAAGAUUAGUAGGACAUAUUUGUACACGCAAUAAAGGU